AUGUCUCAAAGCCCAUUACCUGGCCAAAGUGACGUGGCGAAUGACCCAGACAGCCAACAAAAUACCGUGGAUUCGACUCACAAUCCCCUUCCUAUAGCUGAAAUGGACGACACGGUGAUCCCCAAUUCGUACGCCACUCCCACACACGCGAUCUUGGCGCCUGUGAUGUUUGACCCACAUCCCGGUCACGAUCGUGACCAUGAAGCUGCAGAUGCUUUGGCCAAAGACGAAACUGAUCAAUUCCGGCGUCGCAAUAUCUCAUACGCAGCAGUCCGACGUUUUGUAGGGACGCCCCUCCGAGAGUACUUGAUUUUUACUGGCCUGUCUACGAUGGAGAGAGCCAGAGUUCUCCGUAUUCUCUCUGGCCAAUCAAUCACCAGUUUCCUCAUCUUUCUUUUCCCCGACCUCAUCACACCUCAACAGAUGUAUGCGUGGGGUAUACCGUAUGGGGUAGCAGCGGAGCUCAUAUUACACGCUGAAGGUUUCUACCAGAAGCUCUUACAAAAAGAAAGGAGAUACAGAGCUAGAUCACUUGAAUUGUAA